AAACAUACAAGGGGCAUAUGGAUGGAACAAAUGGUAUAAUUACUGAAGAAAAAACAGAAAGUUCUAAACUUGCAACUGUAAAGAAUGCUUCUAAUGUGCAUGUUGAGGGGCAAGGUUUUGAAGGUAAUUUAGAGGAUGGUAUGGAAGAGGGAUAUCGAGGAACAACUGGGUUUGAGCAGGCUGUUCGAGGUUUUGCUGGUAACGCCAUACACUUUACACAAGCAGCAUCUACUAGCGCUGUGAAUGCAAUUGGUGAUGAUACACUGGCUACUGGUAUUAAGGCAGUGAUCGAGGAUUUUAGGCAGCCUCAAAAGUUGGUGGACGAGCAGACUACUGCUCCUGUUCAAGCGGCUCAUUUGAGGGUUGGAAAUACUAGUGGAGUUACAUUGCAAUCAGCUGGAAUUUUGCAUUCACAUGCUGGUGUUUGGAAACCUAUUGUUCCUUCGACUCCUUCUAUUGAUCGAACAAGUUCUGAUCCUAGGCUAUCAGUUACAGGUUUAGAUCCUAGGGUGCUAGAAAGCUGGAAUAUGGUAACAUCUAGAAAAUCACCUACAAAGCAGGUGGACUCACAGAAACAGCAGAAAAUAGAUGCUGGACGAAAUGCAUCUAGCAGUGUUUCCAAAGCCAUGAAUGCAGACAAUGCUAUGUUGUCUAGUCAUCGUGUGGAAGAUGCAGGAGAUGCCUCAGCUUUUAAGAAGCCUCAAGCUAAUUUUCCAUGUGAUAUUCCUGUUAGUAGAGCUCUGGAUACGAUUUACAAAGCUGUGGGUGGUAAAAUUUUAGCUGGACUUCCUAAAGGUUCAGAUUUUGAAACUGAGCAUACUGAAUUACCUGAAGCUACUGUUGUUGGUGGUGACUUGACUGAUGUUUCAGGGCAAGUUGAAGAUGGGAAAAAGAUUGAGGGUGUAGGUGUGGAGAAGAAAAAGGAAGCUGGAGAUAAUAACAAGUUGAAGGAUAUCUGUACCAAGCUGGAUGUUAAUAAUUCUACAACUUUUUUGUCAAAUGCUACAGCUCCAAAUGCUACACCAUCAGUAGCAGCUGUUGAUCAUGAGCAAAAUUUAACUCCAAUAGUUGUGCAGGUAAAUGCUACUACUGGUGUUGGUUUAGAUAUUACAGGCUUUGAAAGUGAGGCAACACCAAGAACCAGCCAUUCAAAAACACCACCAAGUGUACAACAAAAGCAGAAACCAGAAGUUUCAGCUACUCCAGUAAGUGGCUCAAAAGACAUGGUUCUUGUCAACGAUCCAAAGGUUGUGGAAGUGACAGGAGCAUUUACAGUAGAAGAAGAUGUUGAAAUUAAUUCAACAACGUUAAAAGAUUUUCAUUCAACCCAGCAAAUAGUUCCAGUCUCCAGCAGUAGCAAAGGACAUAAGCCCAGUAACAAUCUGAUGAAAAAUAUGAGUUUUCGACGAAAUGUUUCAACAGGCAAUUUAGACGACGUGGUGAAGGAUGUUCGUGAACCUAUUUUCAGCCCCUCAAAGUAGCAAUUCUCUAGUCCUAAAGUGGAGAAAAUCAUCAAAGACGCUCAGGUUUCAAUGAUGUUUAAUGCCAAUCCCAUGAUCAAGCAACCUUUGGUCACUUUGAAUACAUCGGCGCAAGAAAUUCCUUCUCAAAGCGUGAAGUCGAUUGGUGAACAUAGUGGUUUUGCGCAACCUCUACUAUCUACAGGUAAUGAUAAGGAAGUCAUCAAGGACAGAAGUGAAAACUUGAGGGAGAAGAUCAAUGAAAUAACAGUUAGACAAGAGGAGAAAUCUUUUGAUCGAAUGAUGCCAAAGAGUAAAACCUGGGCAGAUCGAGCUGAGUAUGAAGAAGAGGAGCAUUGGGAAAAUGGUGUGGAUGAUGAGCUUGAUGAUUCCAUUGAACAACAAUCUGGGCAACAGCAGCGAUGUAGUCAAGAAGCUUCUUAUGCUCAUGGUCAUUAUCCUGGGCUGCAACAACAGCGUGCACGCACUCAAUGUGAUGCACUGCUGCAUCCAAAUUCAGGACAGCAGCAACAUUUUCCUACUAGCUUCAUGGUUGGAUAGCAUAAGCAGACUACAAGCAAUCUACAGAUUGAAACGAGCAUAAUAGUUACUAGCUCGAAGGCAAAGGCAACAAACAAGAAAUCUGGAAGGCAGAAAUAGCAAAUUGUGAACACUCCUACUUCUAUUUUUGAUCGAUAUGAAGCAGCACCAAAUCCGGGACAGCAACAGCUAAUUAAAAACAGUCCACGGUCAGUAAGUUAGGGGCCAAAAAUUGGACAGCAACACAAGGAAAGAAUUUGGCUCGACGCGAUGCAGCAGCGAAAUGGCACAAAUGUACCUAAAGCCAACUCGAUUGUAGUUCUAGAUGCAAAUCAAUCUCGGCAGCAACAACUUGAUCCAAAUAACUCACCUGUUAUACAUACUUAUGGUUGAAAAGAAACAACAAUGUCCAAAUUGGCAUCGACUUCGACAUAUGCUGGACAGCAACAACUUAUUCCAGCUGCUAGUCCUAUAGGUGAUAGACAAGUCACAGCACCAACAUCUGGACAGAAGCUAAGUGCUACAACCAAUCAAUUUAUGUCAGACGAUGAGAGAAUGUAUUUGGAAUCAAUUCUGAGUGCCAAUGCUCCACAAUAUAUGAAUUUGGGGAUUGACUUGAAUUUAGCAAGAGAGGAUGAUCCAAUGUUUGCACUGUGUAAGCAACAGGAUUUAUCACCCUCGCGCAUCGGACCAAAUCACAACAUUCGUACAAGAGAUAAAAGUUGGGACGACAAGGUGAGUGAGGAAGGAAUUGUUAGGCGACUUCCAAUGAGAUGCCCCAACUACUUCUACGAGGUCCAACCGUUCAAAAAGGAAAUGAUGUUUUUUGAAUACAUUUUUCACAGGGUUGAGGAAAACAACAAAGAAUUACAAAUUGAAGAUUUUUCAGGUUUGGAAAAGAAGGGACAAGAAUCACAUUGGUAUUUAUAUCGAACAGGCCCUUAGCCACUGAAUCGUGUACUUGAGGAUUUGGAUCAUCUAUUGCCUCACUAGCAAACAUCAUGUGAAUACCUAGCUUGAAUCCCAGAUUUUGAACAGCAAUUCUGCUUUGUUCUAUUUUCAUCUCAUUCAUGCAAGUUAGAAUUUAGCUUUAGAUAUAUGUAGCAGCUAUCCUUUGUGAAUGAUCAGGUUCUGCAAUUUUUGUAUUUAUGAAACUCAGCUUUGUUUGCAAAACUGCAAAGGCUAAUGUCUAAGUAUGGAUAAUCUAUUAUUCUGUUAGCAAGCUA